AUAAAUCUAUAUAUAUUUAAUAAGGCACUUAUUUCAAAUAGUGGGGAAAAAACUAGAAUAAAAAUACAGAAACUUAACUUUAAAUAUAUUAUAUAUCUCACUUCACUUUCAGUCUCUCUAAACUGACUUUUUUUUCCUUGUUUGUCCUUUAACUCUUUUUCUCUUCUCUCUCUGUCUGUGAAGAUGAGUUUUAAGGUUAAACUCUAUAAAAAGCGUCUUAAGUUGUCUGUCACUCCGUGCUCUGAUUGGCUGGAUGCUGCCCGUUGUGAUGCACGUUUAACCGGCCAAUGGUGUCGUUAGACUGUGACGGAGUGACGGCCCCCUUCUGCGGACACUUUCCCGGGGCCAGAGACGACAUUGAGUGUGUGUUUGUGUGUGUGUGACGUGAGGUUAAACGUCUAUAAAUAGACAAAUAUUGACCUCCUCUCUAAAAUCAGCAUUUAGGACGUCAUUAUGUGUGUGUGUGUGUGUGUGUUAAACAUGCGUUUGUCUCUUAAUUAGAUCCGUUCAUGAGUCUCUGCAGGUUUGUGUUCUGAAAGUGAGUCUCUCUGUGGACUGAAGUCUCUCAUUCAGCGCUUAAUUAGACUCUCUUCAGUCCCUCGAUAGUGAACGACUGCAUGCGCUACACACCUUUCAUUUUGCACUUCUCGUUUUGUUUUUCUUCUGAGUAUUUGACUGCUCGACUAGUCAUUUUAAUAUCGGAGUGUUUGUUUUUGCAGCUUGUUUGGGUGGUAAAUAAAAGUGAUUGAUGUUGUUUCUUAAGUUGCUGUCUGGAUAUCUUACAAAUCAUCACCACUGAGCACUGAAAAUAAGGAGGCCUGAACCUGCAAAAAAAUAAAAUGGAAGUGAUUUAAAUUAUUACAAACAAAAAAAUAUUUAUUUAUUUAUUUAUUUAUUUUUGUUUUAUUUAAUUCUGGAUUUAUUUUUGUAUUUAUUACAAAUUUUAUUUAUUUAUUAUUUUCUGUAUUUAUUUUUUACUUAAUUUUUAUUUUUUCAUUUAUUUUUAAUAUUUAUUUGUUUGCACAAACCUGCAAAAUUUAAAAUAAAUAAAUAAACAGAUUAAUUAAUGAAUGUGACUUUAUGAAUCAAAUUAAUUUUUAACACUUAACACUAAAUUAGUAACACUUGUAUGCAAAAUGUAUCAUACAGCAGUUUUAUGACAAUGUAGGCAUUUGCUCACAUUUAUUUAUUUAUUUAUUUAUUAUAACAUUUUAUUUAUUUAUUUAUUAUUUUCUGUAUUUAUUUUUAACUUAAUUUUUAUUUUUCCUUUAUUUUUUUAUGUUUAUUUGUUUAUGCAUACUUUUUUUUUCUUGUUUGUGUUCUUAAAGUCAGUUCUUUUUAUUUCUAAAUCUUGAAAGUUACAAAUUGUCACCAAUGGAACAGGCAAAAUUUAAAAUAAAUAAAUAAAUAGUAAGAGAAAUUAAUGAAUGUGACUUUAUAAAUCAAAUACAUUUGAAAUUAAAUUGAAUGCAUUUAUUUAUGUGCAGAAAUCACAUAAGAUUGAAGUCCAGCUGCAUAAGUAAAACUUUUUAAUGCAAAAUGUAUCAAACAGCAGUUUUAUGACAAUGUAGGCAUUUGCUCACAUUUAUUUAUUUAUUUAUUAUAACAUUUUAUUUAUUUAUUUAUUAUUUUCUGUAUUUAUUUUUAACUUAAAUUUUAGUUUGUUUAUGCAUUUUUUUUUUUCUUGUUUGUGUUCUUAAACUCAAUUCUUUUUAUUUCUAAAGCUUGAAAAUUACAAAUUGUCACCAGUGGAACAGGCACAAACCUGCAAAAUGUAAAAUAAAUAAAUAAAUAAAUAAAUAGGAGGAUAAAUGAAUGAAUGUGACUUUAGUAAUCAAAUACAAUUAAUUUUAAAUAAAACUAUGACAAUGUAGGCAUUUGCUCGCAAUUAUUUAUUUAUUUAUUUAUUUAUUUCUGGGACUGACUAGGUUUACUAGUAAUUGCUAAAAUAAUUUUUAAAAAAAAUGAUAAAAAGGCAUUUGUGCCUGUUUUUUUUGUUUUUUUUUAUUAUGAUGGUAUUUAUUUUCAGUUGUUUAUCUGAGUGUGUGGUUCUGAUAAGAGUGUUUCUCCCGCUGGUUUGGAGCAGUUUUCCGUGUCUUAUCUCUCUGACCGUUAUUCCAGGAGUGGAUUCCAGAAGCUCUGCCUUUUAUGGUGUGGUUCUUGAGUCCAGACAUCCCAUAAUGCACUGGUUCAGCUCUCUAUAUGUCAGCGGAGAGCGACGGCGCUCCUGUCCAGCACCCGUCCGUCAGCCCAUGGCGUCUCGUUACAGCACCAGCUCCGUCAGCUCCUUCAGCGGCGCUCCGCUCCGGCCCAGACUGCACAGCCAGUUCCAGGAGGAAUCCUCCAUCCGCUUCAGCCGUUACCAUGGCGAUACACUGGACCAGUCAUCCUGGGUCGAGUCCACUGGAGGUUACCAAGGUUACCAAGGUGAUGAAGAGUGUUUUGGAGGUUACCAUGGAGAGCGUCAGUACACGCAAGCAGGAAACCAAAUUGACUGGAGUCUUGGUGACGACAUUCAGGCUUUUGGCGGCAGCUCCGGUUCCCGUGUGGGCGUGGUCAGAGCGAUGGGCGACAGCUACUUCCUGUCUGCAGAUGUGAGCGGGUUCGAGCCUCAUGAAGUGGUGCUGCUGGCCUAUAAUCAGUGUGUGGUUAUUCAUGCUGAGAAGAUGGCGGCUGAUGGGAGUGUUGCGGGCCGGUUUACCCAUAAGUCUGUGCUGCCGGCAGACAUGGACCCUUUAUCUGUGAGCAGCUCGCUGACCGCAGAGAGGAUGUUGAUCAUCAGCGUCGGACGCAGAAAAUCCCCUCCUUCCUCUCUCAAACUCACCUCUGACCUUCCGGGAUCUCAACACUCCAGUUGUUAUUGUUUUUUUUUUUCUCUCUCUUUGUUUUACCCCGUCCCUUUCAUUUUCUUUCCUUUCUGAUAUUUCUUUCAUUAUCUCAUCUCACUGUUAUUUCUGUAUUGUAUAUUUCAGUACUGUAAACACUUCGGCAAGAUUGUAACUGUCAUGAAUGAAUGAAGUUUACUGAGUCCAACUCUCGAUGCAAAAGAAUGAUAUUGAUUUUCUUGAACAUGAAUGCCUGUUACUGAACCACUGCAGCAUGAAAAACUGAUCACUUUUUAUACCUGAAAGUAAAAGCUUAUGCAAGUAAACAAUAUAUUUAGUUUGAAAACUGUAGGACUGUCUUUGAGAAAGCAUGAGUUAGAAAGUCAAAUUUAAUUAAAUUCCAUGUAUUCCAGGGGAUUUGAUGCUGGUACUUGUCAGAUUAUAUGUUUGUAUAAAUUUCAUACAAUAAAAUGUUUAA